GGGAGAAAGCCAAGCAUUAGAUUAGAAGACACAGUCAAGCUGACGUGCCUGGGACCCUCUUCUCCAUUUCCUUCUGGGUUCCCCCUUUGAGACACCCCUCCCUAGCGGCAUCCCUCAACCUCUGAAAUUGUUUCACAAGGACACUGUCAGAAGGAGAAGCUUUUUCUUCUGGAGUUAGGGUAGGUUAAGGCCUCUGAAUUCACCCUCCAGGGAUCCCCACUCCCACUCUAUCCCUUCCUCUGACAGGGACUCACCGAGGGCAGUUGUGUUAGGACAGAACUGAUUCUGGGGGAGGAGACCUGAGGCCCAGAAUGGCUAGAAGGUCAAAACUGGGAAAGAAAAACCAUGUCGAGGUAGGACUUCUGGUAUUCCAGUACUGAAGUGCCCUGGGCAGACUAAGGCUGACCAAGAGAUGACAUCAGUUGCCAAGGUCUAUUACAGCCAGACCACGCAGACAGAGAGCCGGCCCCUAGUGGCCCCGGGAAUACGUCGGAGGAGGGUCCUGACGAAAGAUGGCCGGAGCAACGUGAGAAUGGAGCAUAUUGCUGACAAGCGUUUCCUCUACCUCAAGGAUCUGUGGACGACCUUCAUUGACAUGCAGUGGCGCUACAAGCUUCUGCUCUUCUCGGCAACCUUUGCAGGCACUUGGUUCCUCUUUGGCGUGGUGUGGUAUCUGGUCGCUGUGGCCCACGGGGACCUGUUGGAGCUGGGACCUCCUGCCAACCACACGCCCUGUGUGGUGCAGGUGCACACACUUACUGGGGCCUUCCUCUUCUCCCUCGAAUCCCAGACCACCAUUGGCUAUGGCUUCCGCUACAUCAGCGAGGAAUGCCCUCUGGCCAUUGUGCUUCUCAUUGCUCAGCUUGUGCUCACCACCAUUCUGGAAAUCUUCAUCACCGGAACCUUCCUUGCAAAGAUUGCCCGGCCUAAGAAGAGGGCUGAGACGAUCCGUUUCAGCCAGCAUGCGGUUGUGGCUUACCACAACGGGAAGCUUUGCCUCAUGAUCCGGGUGGCCAACAUGCGUAAGAGUCUCCUCAUUGGGUGCCAGGUGACAGGCAAACUGCUUCAAACCCACCAGACAAAGGAGGGUGAGAAUAUUCGGCUCAACCAGGUCAAUGUGACUUUCCAAGUAGACACAGCCUCUGAUAGCCCCUUUCUCAUUCUACCCCUGACUUUCUACCAUGUGGUAGAUGAGACCAGCCCCUUGAAAGAUCUCCCCCUCCGCAGCGGGGAGGGUGACUUCGAGCUCGUGCUGAUCCUAAGUGGGACGGUGGAGUCCACCAGCGCCACCUGUCAAGUUCGCACUUCCUACCUACCGGAGGAGAUCCUCUGGGGCUACGAGUUCACGCCUGCUAUCUCGCUGUCAGCCAGUGGCAAAUACGUGGCUGACUUCAGCCUUUUUGACCAGGUUGUGAAAGUGGCGUCCCCCGGUGGUCUCCGAGAUAGCACCGUACGUUAUGGAGACCCAGAAAAGCUCAAGUUGGAGGAGUCAUUAAGAGAGCAAGCGGAAAAGGAAGGCAGUGCCCUUAGUGUGCGCAUCAGUAACGUCUGACAUCCUCUUCUCUCCUCCUCAGCCCUCUGGCCUUUUCCUCUCCCAGUGGCCUGGGAAAAGGAUACUGUCUGGGUUCGCUGGAGAGCCCUGGAAGUACCCACCCUCUACUUUCCCUUCACCCGGUGGCCUACGAGCAGUCUAGGCCUGCUGGAGUCCUACUCUUUCCUCUCACUGUCCCCUUGUGCCUUCCUCUACUACUACACCAAUGUACAUGAGUCUUAGCCGGGUUGGGGCAAGGAGAGGGAAGAUUAGGCUGACGUGGCUUGAAAGGCCUCAGCCAUGCUUGGAGAUUCACAUUCAGAGGACCUUGUGAUUGGAUGGAUAGACUCCCCCCAAACGCCCACUAGAAUGUUUGAUGAUUUGAGACUGUGGCUCCAUCCUCUGUGGCAUCUAGCAAGUUCCCUAAGGCAAAACUCUCUCAGAGAGUCAAUCUGUGGUCUCCUCUCAGAAGUACAGGGAUCUGAAAUCAGUGUUCUCUGGGCUCUCUACCAAAUCCUGAAGAAGCCAGAGUUUGUCAUAGUGUUUCAGUUUCAGCUGGUAACUCCUGACAGAGCCUGGACUCUUGGUCACCACCUAAUUUUCCCUCUCCUGUUCUCAAGUGGAUCUUCUCAGGACGACCAGUCUCUCUCAGCUUCUGUUCCCACAGAACUGGGGUUGACCUGAGGAACACAAACAGCCACCAUUUUCCUGCACCUAUCCUGGAUGCUGAGAAAUUCAAUUUUGGAAGUAUUGUUUAAAACUCUAGCCCUGUUCUUCAGGCAGCCCUGUCCUGGAAAGAUUUGUUUAACUAUUUCCCAGGAAUGGGAAGACCUUAGCCAAUGCGCGUUCUCUCUCUCUCUCUCUCUCUCUCUCUCUCUCUCUCUCUCUCUCUCUCUCUCUCUCUCUCCUUCCUCCCUUCCUUCCUCCCUCC